GAAAACUCUUGUAAAAUGCAAAGCACCCUGCCCUGCUCUGACUGCUGCCUGCGGAGGGAUUCGGUGCCAAAGUGAAAGGCUUCCUAAAAAAUGGGCUGAUCCAGGGAGGGGGGCGAUUUAGGAGCUAUUGAGAAACAAGGAAGGACAAACAAUGUUAGGUCAUUGCUUCUGCAAACACAGCCAGGGCUGUUCCUCUAUAAAAAGGAAGAAAGCGGUUUCAGAGCCAUCACAGACUUGGAGGGGACAGUCUGUGACCAAGGCUGCUGCACCCCCUCCCUGGCACCUGACUCCCUGCUCAAGUAUGAAACUCAUCCUCUCUACUGUGCUGUCCUUCGGGAUAGUGGCUCUGUGUUUUGCUGCUCCCCCCAAGGCAAGCAUCAGAUGGUGCACAAUAUCCGCAGCAGAAGAGAACAAAUGCAAUACUCUAAGGGACCUCAUGCAACAGGAGAGCGUUGCAUUGAUUUGCCUGCAGAAAGCAACCUACCUGGACUGCAUACAAGCCAUUUCGAAUAAUGAAGCAGAUGCCAUUAGCUUGGAUGGUGGUCAAGUUUUUGAAGCAGGCCUUGCCCCCUACAAGCUGAAGCCCAUUGUUGCUGAGGUCUACGAACACAGUGGAGGCUCCACAACCAGCUACUAUGCUGUGGCCGUUGCAAAGAAAGGAACAGGCUUCACGAUAAAUGACUUGCAGGGCAAGACCUCCUGCCACACUGGCCUGGGCAGGUCCGCUGGCUGGAACAUCCCUAUUGGGACACUCAUCAACCGGAGACUCAUCAAGUGGGAUGGCAAAGACUCAGCCUCCAUUGAGCAAGCGGUGGCCAACUUUUUCUCUGCCAGCUGUGUGCCUGGUGCCACCAUGGAACAAAAACUGUGCCGUCAGUGCAAGGGGGACUCCAAAACCAAAUGCUCCCGCACAGGACCUUAUUCUGGAUAUUCUGGAGCUUUUCACUGUCUGAAAGAUGGAAAAGGAGAUGUGGCUUUUGUGAAACACACAACUGUUCAAGAAAAUGCCCCAGAUGAGAAGGGUCAAUAUGAGCUGCUGUGUCUGGAUGGCACCCGUCAGCCCGUGGACAACUACAAAGCCUGUCACUGGGCCAGGGUGCCUGCUCAUGCCGUUGUGGCUCGAGAUGAUAGCAAGGUUGAUGACAUCUGGAACUUCCUUUCAAAAGCACAGGAAAAAUAUGGCGUAGGUACAACCAGCAACUUCCAUCUCUUUGGACCACCUGGCAAGAAGGACUCAGACUUGCUUUUCAAAGACUCAGCUAUAGAGCUGAAGCGUAUCCCAUCACUGAUGGAUUCCCAGCUCUACCUGAGCUUUGAGUAUUACAGUGCCAUCCAGAGCCUUCAGAAAGGUAGGCAGGACAUGAAAUACUAA